CUCACUUUCCACCUUGUCACGGUGAGAAGCUUUCUCAAAAUGUCCUAUAUAAAGCCCGUCCGCCUUCAUUUUCACCAUUCUUAGCUUUGCGGAGAGGACGUUCUAUAGGAUCCCUGAUAGGAAAUCAUGGCUGGUAAAACGGCGCUGAUUGUUUUAGCUCACCAGGAGCGCACUUCUUUUAAUUUUGCCAUGAAGGAGGCGGCAGCGAGCGCCCUGAAGAAGAAAGGAUGGAAAGUGAUCGAGUCUGACCUCUAUGCCAUGAAAUUCAAUCCCGUGUCAUCACGAGACGACAUCACAGGUAAACCCAAGGAUCCAAAACAUUUCAAAUAUGGAGCGGAGACUGCAGAAGCGUAUAAGGAAGGCCGCCUUGCCAAAGACAUCGUUGAAGAACAGAAAAAGGUUGAAAAGGCCGACCUUAUAAUUUUCCAGUUCCCCCUGUAUUGGUUCGGGAUGCCCGCCAUAAUGAAAGGAUGGCUUGAGCGAGUGUUAUGUUUGGGUUUUGCCUACAGUUUUCAGACCUUGUACUCCGAAGGACCAUUCAAGAAUAAGAAAGCUUUUUUUUCAUUCACAACUGGAGGCCCCCCAUCAAUGUACACACCUACAGGAGUGAAUGGAGACAUAAAUGUCAGUCUAUGGCCUCUCCAGAACGGUAUUCUGAAUUUCUGUGGCUUUAAAGUCUUGGAGCCCCAAAUCUCAUACGGCGUGGCUCACGUGCCCCAGGAGGUCCGCGUGGAGAUACUGAAGAGCUGGGAGAAGCGGCUGGAGACUAUCUGGGAUGAAAAGCCCAUCAAAUUCCUUCCAGUUCAAGACUUUGAAGGAUUUUCUGGUGGAUUUACACUGAAGAAAGAGGUGGAGGAGUCGCUGUCUGCAUCCAAGUAUGCUCCAACGGUGGGGCAGAACCUGGGGAAGCCUCUACCGCCUGACAGCCAGGUGAAAGCAGAAGGCUCCAGGCUGUAAUAAGACUAUAUUAUGGCGGCACACUCAGGGGAUGCAGUACUGUGCCGUCGGUGGGGCUGGGGAGACAGUACAAAGCUGUGACUAUGUACUUAGUUUAUGUGUGUCUGAAAGAAGGAUGGUUCCUUAGCCAACAGCAACCAUUACGUCUUUCCUUUCCAUGUUUCCAGU